UUAAAAAUGUUUUUAAAUGUAGGUACAAUAUUGUGAAUGUAACAAAGAAAGUAAUUAAGUUACACAUUGCAAACUUCACGUACAAUCACAGCCGAAAUAAGGCGAUAUAUCCUGCAAAAUCAGUCAUUAAUCACGCAUUAUAUGUAAAUUACUCUUUGAAUCUUUUAACUUUUCUUUAAACCUUUUAUAUAGUAUAGUUAGUAUAUUUAUCUCAAGUUUGAUUUUCUUGAAAAAUAUUGGCUCAUCUGGAGGCAUGCAGCUUUAAUUAAACAAAACUUAAUUCAGCUUCAAUUCAAGAGGCUUUUAAACGGGUAACAGUAACAAAUUAUUAAUGUACCGUACAGAUUCAACAAUAUACACAUAUGCUGUUUAUCUACACGUUAAGAUAUAUCUAUGUCAACAUAAUAAGCUGCUAUGCAGCGUGUUUGAACAAUGAUAAAAGUUCAUGUGUGGAUAAUUUUAUCAGGGAUUUGAAACACCACAACACCGACAUAAAAUAUGGUUACUUUAUCAGAGCGGAUGAAUACACUCUACGAGUGGUCAAAAGAAGUGUCUGAUCCUAGGACAGAGAACUGGUUGUUGCUAUUAUCGCCAUGGCCGAUUACUUUCAUCUUCUUCCUGUACUUGUUUAUUGUGUGGGCGGGACCAAAAUUUAUGCAGAACAAGGUUCCAGUUAAUUUGAAAGCGAUCAUCAUACCCUAUAAUCUUGGUCUUGUAGCAUUGUCUGUUUAUAUGUUCUAUGAGUUUUUCAUGUCAGCUUAUCUAUCAGGGUACAGUUUGAAAUGUCAACCUGUUGAUUAUUCCAACGAUCCGCUAGCUGUACGGAUGGCGGCUGUAUGCUGGUGGUUUUUCUUCUCAAAAGUUAUAGAACUUUUAGACACGGUGUUUUUCAUAUUGCGUAAAAAGAACGAGCAAGUAUCUUUUCUACAUGUCUACCACCAUUGUACGAUGAUUAUUAACUGGUAUCUAGGUGCUAAAUACGUGGCAGGGGGACAAUCAUUCUUUGUAGCAAUGCUCAAUUCAUUUGUACAUAUAUUUAUGUACGCGUAUUACGGGUUGGCAGCGUUUGGGCCUCACAUGCAGAAGUACCUCUGGUGGAAAAGAUACUUAACUCGCAUGCAAUUGGCCCAGUUUCUGGCGUUUGUGCUACACACUGGUUAUAACCUGCUGAUAGAUUGUGACUUUCCAAGGGGAUUCAAUAUCGCGGUGUUUCUGUACGCUAUAUCUUUAAUAGCGCUCUUUGGUAACUUCUACUAUAGGACAUAUACAAACAAAAAAGCUCACACUCAGUGAAAAUACGGAAGAGAUUAACAAAUACAGUUUUAAGCAGGGUUUGUUACGAUUGGAUUCAUUUAAAUUUACGGGCAUAUUGAACAUAUUUAAUUGCAACAACUCAGCGGCUAUGAAUACGAGUAGUCUCUUUUCGCUUUAUUUGUGUUUAUUGUCCGCCUUGUUUCGCUUUCACUUAAGGAAGCAUCUGAUGUUUAAAGUUAAAAAAAUCAGCAGAUUACUAGUUAAUAGGUAAUUGAAGUUUAAAUGAUUAUUCUUGUAUAAAAAAACUGCGACGACAGAUAUAUAUGAAUAGAGACAUAGACAUGCAUGGACGAAUAAUAGCACGCGAGCACGCACCGUUGUUGCACAUUCUUUAUCCCCCGCCCCGAAAUAGGGAGACAUAUAGUCUUUGUAGCGUCCGUUUGUCCGUCUAUUCUUGCGGCCUAUAAUAUUGAUAUUACAUGGACAUUCUCUGUUAAAUCUAUUUCAAGAAUCGUCCGUAGGAUUAUUGAAACUAUAUAAUAUUUUUACCGUUAAUAAAUUUCAUAAAAAAAUAUUUCAUAUUAAGUUAUAUAUUUUAUCCUUUAAAACAAACAAUUGCAUCAUUCAUAUACUAUCAUUCACAGUUAAAACUGAUGAUUGAAAUAAAUACAUGUACAUUGUGGACUGGUGAUCUAUUUUAUUACGACCUCUGUUUUUUAUUAUUAUUAAAGUCAUCCCAGUAAUAACCAAAGCUUUAAGAAGUAAAUGUUGUUUUGUGCUGAUGAUUUUUAUGCUCCCCGAAAAAUUUUGGGGGAGCAUAAAGUCGGCGCCUUGUCCGUCUGUCCGUCCGUUGCAUAACUUGAAAACCCUUGGAGAUAAUUUGUUGAAACUUCAUACAGUGGUAGAGGGCAUUGAGGGGGAGUGCAUUGUCAAAGAACCAUAACUCUAUUUUGCCCGGUUUUUGAAUUAUCUCCCCUUAUAGAAAAAUCUUGUCCGGGGCAUAACUCUAAAACUAUAAGAGAUAUCAACAUGAAACUUUGUAGGUGAUAAGAUCUCAAUGGGUAGAUGUGCAGUGCAUAAGAACAAUAACUCUUUUUGUCCUAAUUUUGGAGUUAUUGCCCUUUGUUAAUUUUAACACUUUGAACUUUGUCCGGAACAUAACUCUAAAACUAUAAGAGAUAUCAAGAUGAAACAUUGUAGGUAGAUAGAUCUCAUUGAGUAGAGGUGCAGUGCAAAAGAACUCUUGUAAGCCUCAUUUUUGAAUUAUCUCCCCUUUUAGAAAAAUCUUGUCCGGGGCAUAGCUGUAAAACUAUAAGAGAUAUCAACAUGAAACUUUGUAGGUAGAUAUAUCUCAAUGGGUAGAUUUGCAGUGCACAAGAAUCAUAACUCUGCCUUGCCUAAUUCUGGAGUUAUUGCCCUUUGUUUAUUUUUACUUUUUGAAGUUGUCUAGGUCAUAACUCGGAAAUCAUAAGAGAUAUCAUCAAGAAACUUUGUAGGUUGAUAGAUCAAAUUGAUUAGAAGUGCAUUGCAAAGAACAGUAACUCUGCCUUGCCUAAUUUUGGAAUUAUUGCACUUUGAACUUUUUCCAGGGACAUAACUCUGAAACUACAAGAGGUGUACUUUCCUGUGUCCAAAACCUAUUCGGGGGGCAUUACCCGGCUCAAACCGGGCUCUUGUUUUAAAAUUGGCUAACGUUGACAAUAUUAGAAAAGUUGUGCAGUGAGUGUUGUUUGAUAAAGUUACAACAGACUUAUUUGCUGUUUUUAUAAAAGACAUUUAUCAUAAGUAUUAUUUUUGAAUAAAAGGUUGUAAAAAUAUA